AUGGUUUUUAGAACGAGGCUGAGUCAGUCUUGCGCAGCCGCAUAAGCUAAUAUAAAGCGACAGUUUGGUUGUUGUAUCAUUGCAUAUCUCCGAAAUCGUUGGAAAAGACUAGAAUCUGAAAACUAUAUAGCUUAGAGUGAUAUAUCAUUCGAAGAUCUGUCCGGUUUAGAUUGUUGAGCGAUUUUUUUACGAGGCAUAUUAGCAAGAAUAAGAUGGCUUGUGGUGCUACGCUAAAGCGCAGUUUAGAAUUUGAUCCUCUUCAUUCUCCAGCUCGGUCUCCGAAACGAAGAAGAUGCACACCAAUGACUCUUUCACCGAAUAUCCCACCGACGAAACAACAUCAAACGACCGUUUCGCCAUUUUUAGCUUGUGCACCUAGACUUUCGCACGAGCAAAUUUAUGCCAACCUACAUGCAGAAAUUCGCCGUAUGCGAGCUAGAAGACAAUUAUCUCCGACUCAUUCGACAAUCUGUAUCGGUGAAACGUCACCGGGUUCGGCUACGGGACUAUCCUCACCUUGUAAACAAGAUAAGCCUCUAUUCACUUUCAAGCAAGUGAGUCUGUUUUGUGAAAAAAUGCUUAAGGAACACGAGGCUGAAUUACGAGAAGAAUACGACAAAGUUCUUGUCACGAAAAUGGCCGAGCAAUACGAAGCUUUUUUGAAAUUCAAUCACGAUCAACUGCGCCAACGAUUCAACGAUGCCGCAACCGCGAGCUAUGUCUCAUAG